AUGGAAACAGGGGACAACGCGGCACACAAUAUCAGCCUGCCUCUCCGUAACCUGCUCCAGUCCGUCAAGUGCGUGACGGCUCGGGUUCGAGACGGCGAGUCCAACGAAUCUGAUGGAGACUUUGACCUCUCCAACUUUUGGGACACUUUGAACCAAGCAGUGAAGGCCGUGUCUCAGGAAGCCACAAAAAUUAGCCUGGCCUUCUCCAAGCCGCCAUUACCGUCACAGCAGGAUGGAGAAAAACUAGCUGACUCGCUUCUCAAGAGCGUUCUCAGCCUCGCCACUGUUUAUUACUGGCUUCCCAAGAGCCGAGGCGUCAGUCUGCGUCGCCAUGUCCGAGAUGCCACCGUAGAAGUCCUAGAAGGAGUGACGCAGCUACUGGAGGUCAUCCUCACUUCACCGCUACAAAGUCUGAGUCAGGAGCAGUUGACGUCGACAGGAGGCGUGUGGUCGGCGUGCGACCGCUUUAGCCACCUGCCUAAAGACAAUAAAGCUGCUGUGUUGCUGCUUCUAAGCGGUCAGAGCGGCAUUGUAAAAGAUGCCAUCGAGGAAUUGGAGCAGGCGUUGUCCGAGACCCAUGACCCUUUUGGCGACGUCCUGGACAACGAGGAGGACGGCGACGAGCCACGGGGCAACCGUGACACGUACUGGUCGGAACGGGACCGGCGCGUGGUCGCCGCCUGCCGGGGGCUGAUGAAGGCUGCCGCCGCCUGCCUGAAGAAGAUGACGACGGCCGUCAGGGCUCACGGGGACGCCCGCGUGCCACAUUUAGUGGAACAGCUGGAUGACCUUGUUGAUGGCAGCAUGGAAAUCAGCCCCGGAGUUGACGACCUGGCUUUGUGUCUCUACCCGCCUGUGGACUACAACGGCGUGGAGAAUAAUGUGUCCAAACUGGCGGCACUGUUGAAGAAACUUCUCGCUAUAAUCAGGUCCAAUCACAUCUGCGGUGAAGCCGAAUCGUCCUGGGUUCAGUUCUUGGACGGAGCCGUGGACCACAACCUGCAAAAAGCCAAAGAUCUCAUUCAAGGGAACGGCUAA